AUGACGACCACUACCACCAGCACCACCACAACCAACACCUUGACGAUCAAGGCCCAGCCUCCCGUUGAGGUCUCGAAAUACCCCAAACUCGACGCCAAACAGGCCGGCCAUCUGCGCCAUUUCCACAAUCUGGUCUCUCAGAUUGACGGCGAGUGGAACCAUUUCGGCUCCCUCGAAGCUCAGCAGGAAUGGGACGAUGCGUAUCGAUACCAGUUGGCCACGAUGGCGUACGCCACAGGUCUCGCGCACUACCAUCGCCUCCCGGCGAUGAGGACCGCCUUCAAGACCCUCCUGCGCCGCAUCAUCCACAAGAUGCUCCGCCGUGAAGUCUGGGGAUACUGGUUCAGCACGAGCCUGGGCGGGAAACUUCUCGACCCCGACCUGAAAGAGCUUCGGAAGCCUUGGGCUGACCCCGUCAUCAAAGAGAAUAUCAUGUACUCGGGACACCUUCUCUUGAUGACCAGUCUGUACGCCAUGCUCUUCGACGAUGACGAGUUCGAGAAAGAGGGCAGCCUGACCUUCAAUUGGAAUCCGCUAUUCUUCGGCAUGGGACCAGAAAAAUUCUCGUACGACAAUCGAAGCUUGCAAAAGGUCAUCUUCCAGCAGAUGGAGGAGAACGAUUGGGUCGGGGUGUGCUGUGAACCGAACGCGGUGUUUGUGGUUUGUAACCAGUUCCCGAUCAUCGCCAUGAGGUAUAAUGAUAGCCGGGAUGGAACGAACAAUGUCCAGGGUGUUCUUGAAAAGUACGAAGCAUCUCUUAUCAAAAAGGGCAUGCUGAACGAUUCCGGACUGUAUCCGAGCUUCUUUGCGUUGAAACAACGAUCAACUCGGCCAGCCAGACAAGGCGCUCAUACUGCUUGGGCAAACGCAUACAUGAACACCUGGAACUCGGAAAAGGUUCAUUCCUUGUAUGAGAGUCAAGUUCUAGGGUUCUUGACCACUGUCGGCGGAAAGACUCGACUCUUACCUACUCGCGUCUCCAGCGCGUUUCGGCAUCUCGUCCUAGAAAAGGGCGAAGACCCCGACAGCGAAGAGACACUGCGGAAAGCUCGUGAGAUGUCACCUCAAUUUGUCAGUCCUGCUUUCCCCUUCGAGGCGGUCAACUGGAACGGGUUCGCGCAGAUGCUCUCGGAGCUGGGGAAAGAUAAGGAACUUGAUGACUUGCUCGAGUAUGCGGACUCUCGUCUAAACCCGACAUGGGAGAAUGGUGGCCUAUAUUAUCCGCGCAACGAUGCGGUCAUGGACGAGGAUGGAAACUUGGUUCACAUGGAGCCACACUCGGGCAACUCUGGGAUUGGGUAUUCUCGACUGAAUGUCAAGGACGGGCAGAAGAUGAUGUGGGAACAGCCUUGGACGCGCGAGAUACUGGCGAAGAGACCCUUUGUAGACGACGUUGGCUUCGCCGACGGGGUGGAUUUCCUUCGAGGUGCUUGGGAUGCCGAGGCCCAUGCAAUGGUCGUCACUUUGAAGAGUUGGACCGGACAAGACACUGAAGUUUCGUUCUCCGUCAAGAAUCUCGAGAGAGGGGAUUGGGCUGUUUAUGUCAAUGGUGAAUUGCAGCAGACGACGACGGUCAAAGGUUCGGAGAGUGUAGGUGUGACGGUCACCGCAGGGAACGAUGAGGUCGAUGUCGUUGUUUCGCAGAUUUGA